AUGCCAACCCCAGCCCGUUACAUAGUAGCCAUGUUCCGCCUGGUUCUCCGAGACCUUGAGGGGGACUUGCUAAAACGAGGUAUCAAUCUGAAGUUGGAGGAUAUUGCCGAGCCCUUCCGGAAAUGGGCCCGACGAUACACGGAUGGGCGAUAUGCCAAACAGAAGGGCGAUCCGGGAGCGUGGAGGAUCAUGCACGAGAUCUACGUUGAGAUGGCGAGAAACAAGUAG